CAAAACUAUUACAACUUAUCGAGAUUUCAAUUUUCAGGAGUUGUGAAGGAAGAUAUCGAUGAUGACCAUGGGAGAGACGUGGGGGAGCCUAGGCUCUGCUAUGGCAACGAUAAUGUUUGUUUGGACCAUGUACAAAAACUAUUUCCCUCCCGAACUCAAUGGUCAAAUUAUUCGGUAUAGCCAGAAAAUCAAAAGUUUUAUCUACCCUUACAUCCAAAUUACAUUUCCUGAAUACCAAGGUGAUGGCUUUGAGCGUAGUAAAGCCUAUAUAGCCAUCGAAAGGUAUCUUGAUAAGAAUUCUUCCAAGCAGGCGAGGCGACUGAAAGCCAAUGUUGUCCAAGAUUUUGAAUCUGUUGUCCUUAGUAUGGAGGACCACGAGGAAGUCACCGAUGAAUACAAAAGCAUCAAGCUUUGGUGGAGUUCAAGUCAAGACAUUCCCAACAGGCAGUCCAUCUCAUUUUAUCCCAGAGAAGAUGAGAAGAGGUACUUCAUGGUCACUUUUCACAAGAGGCAUCGAGAAUUCAUCACGAAAAAUUAUUUGAAACAUGUUCUGGAUGAAGGAAAGGAUAUUGCUGUCAGAGAGAGGCAGAGGAAGCUGUACACUAACAACAAGAGUGAGAAUUGGUAUGGAUACAAGAGGAGCAUGUGGAGCCAUGUAGUUUUUAAGCAUCCAGCUACAUUUGGCACUUUGGUCAUGGAACCAAAGAAGAAGCAGGAAAUCAUGGAUGAUCUGAUCACGUUUAGUAAGGCGGAAGAGUAUUAUGCAAAAGUCGGCAAGGCAUGGAAACGUGGUUAUCUCCUUUAUGGUCCUCCGGGAACGGGCAAGUCAACCAUGAUCGCUGCCAUGGCCAAUCUUCUGAAAUAUGAUGUGUAUGAUCUAGAGUUAACGGCGGUCAAGGACAAUACGGAGCUGAGGAAAUUGCUAAUAGAUACGUCCAGCAAAUCUAUCAUAGUAAUAGAAGAUAUUGAUUGCUCGCUUGACCUGACGGGACAAAGGGAGAAGAAAAAGGAGCAAAAAGAUGAUAAAACUGAAAAUAAAGAUCCAGCAAAAACAGAGAUGAUGAAGCAAAUGGAGGAAAACAAGAGCAGCCAAGUCACUCUUUCAGGACUUCUAAACUUCAUUGAUGGGUUGUGGUCUGCUUGCGGGGAAGAAAGGCUUAUCGUUUUCACAACUAAUCAUGUUGAGAAGCUAGAUCCUGCUUUGAUUCGAAGAGGGAGGAUGGAUAGGCACAUAGAAUUAUCUUAUUGUGGGUUUGAAGCUUUCAAGGAACUAGCAAAGAUCUACUUGAGUAUUGAAUCACACUAUCUGUUUGCGCAGGUUGGCCUCUUACUAGAGGAAACCAAUAUGACCCCUGCAGAUGUUGCAGAAAAUUUGAUGCCAAAAUCAACUGCUGAGGAUGCUGAUUUUUGUUUGGAGAGAUUGGUUAAAGCACUUGAGCAAGCCAAGGAAGAUGCAAGAUUGAAGGUAGAGGAAGAAGCAAAAGUAAAGACCGAGAAAGAAGAAAAGCUAAGAGCUAACAAGGAAGAGGACGAGAAAGAGAAGGGAAAACAGGACACAACUGUUGAUGAGGUAAAAAACACAUAAACUUUGGCUAAAGAGGUGAAAUAAAUUGGAUGCAUCACCAAUGGCUAAUUUGCAAUCAUUUGCCACUUUGAGAUUCAUCACUAAUUUUUUUUAAAGUUAUAUUGGCUGUUGUGGCCUUAUGCGAUGCGUAAGGAUGCCCUGAGCCUGAUGGUCUUGUACAAUUUAAUAGUACAAUUGUGUUGUUUUGUGUGUUUUAAACAAUUGCAAAAGAUUUUUAAGAUGUAA